AUGACCGACCCAGAACUAGGCACAGAGCUCAACUGUGCAAAAGCAAUAGCAACGUUUGCUGUUAUCGGCGCAGGGCUCACGACCUUCUAUAUCAUAAAGAAACAAGACAUUAGUCUAUCUAUCUUUAAACUUUUAAUUAAUGGCAUGGCUCUAACCUUUGCUAUAUCAACAAUCAAGCUGUUGAAUAACCCACUAAAUUUUUAUGAUAAUUAUGAUCCUCAAUCUUACACCUCUGUAAUUUACAUCACUGGUGCUGCUGAGGAAAAUGCUAUGAUGACAGCUUACGAAUUGAUGAUAUUGAUGAUAUUGACAUUGAUAUCAUAUACACUAAAGCGUACACGACUUACUAAUGGCCAUGUUAUUGUUGGCAUAAUUUUGCUGAUUAUUCUUUGGGUGUCUGGAAUCGAAUAUUCUCAGAAUUCGGGCACUGUCGAUGCAGAUGUCCCUCCUUUUAAUUCAAUGGAGCAUGUUUCCUCUGUUAAUGCAAUGGGACAUGUUCCCCCUGUUAAUUCAAUGGGACAUGUCCCCCCUGUUAAUUCAAUGGGACAUGUUCCCCCUGUUAAUGUAAUGGGGCAUGUCCCAGCAGGGGUUUGUUGA